GAUCCAUCUCUUUCCUCCCUCAUUCCCCAAAUCCCAAUCAACUCCAUCAACCCUCGCUCCCCCCCUCCCUCUCUCCCCAGAAACACGCUUUCCAUCCAUCCCUCAUCACUCAUCCCAUCCACUAUGUCCGACUCUGCCGACUCGUCUGAUUCCGAGGUCUACAUCCCUCGCGACCCCGUUGUCCCUCUCCCCGUCUCAGGCCCCCGCGAGCGCAAAAAGGUUGAGCGCUUUGCUGUGCCUGUUGCAGAGAAGCCCGAGAAGAAGUUGGCGAUUCCACAGGGCAAGGGUGUCAAGCUCGAGGAUAUCUCCACUGUCAGCGCCAACUUGGACAAGCUCAAGGUCAGCGACGAAACCGUCAAGGGUCUCCAUCGCUUCCUUUACGGACGCGUUGCUCCCACUAAGAGUCCCAAAAACGACAUCAAGUCCUUCCACGGUUUUGAUGAGUUAAGCGAGAAAGAGGAGGAGUCCUACGAGGAGAAGCUCGGAAAAUGGACCGUCGGUGGUCUUCGUGAACUUAUCGAGUUGUUCAACCUCGAGGAGGGCGGUGACAAGGAUGCCUUGAUCGAGCGUUUGAUGGUCUUCUUCAAGAAGCCCGCUGACUCGGGUCUUAUUCCUCGCGCCCAGAAGGCCGCCCAGGAGGCCAAGGAAAAGAAGGUCCAGAAACAGGCCAUCAAGAAGGCCAAGUUGGCAGCCAAGGCCAAGAAGCUCGCCGAGCUUAAGGCUAAGAAGGCCGAGGCCAAGAAGCAGCAGCUGGCCAAGAAGAAGGAGGCCGCCAAGGCCAAGGCCAGCGCCUCAAAACCCGCCACCAAGACCAGGACUACUAUCCCCAAGGUUCGUUCUCCCUUCGACAUGUACGCAAAGGAGCACCAGAAGGAGAUCAAGGAGGCUGCCCCCGACGCAUCCCGUGCCGACAUCUACAAGAAGCUCGUCGACAAGUGGGAGGCUCUCGCCGUGACCCACAAGAAGGAGUACGAGGUCAAGGCCGAUGCUGAAAACGCCAAGAACGAGGAGAAGAGGGCUAAGGCUCUCGAGGACACUAAGAAGGAGACUAAGAAAGAGAAGAAGACCACCAAGGCCGCCGAUACCACCGAGGCCAAGAAGACCAAGAAGGAGAAGUCUCCCAAGGAGAGUGCUGCCAAGGAAAAGGCCCCCAAGGAGACUGCGACUAAGGAAAAGGCCCCCAAGGAAAAGGCCACCAAGGAGAAGAAGGAGAAGGCACCCAAGGCUGAGAAGGCCGAGACGACAGAAAAGGCUCCUAAGGAGAAGAAGGAGAAGGCUGUCAAGGUUGACAAGGCUCCUAAAGAGACUGCUACCAAGGAGGCUGCCGCCAAGGAGAAGGCUCCUAAGGAGAAAGCUGCCCCCAAGGAAAAGAAGGCUGCCAAGACCGCUGCCGCCACCACCGCAACCGAGAAGGCGCCCAAGGAAAAGAAGGAGAAGGCGCCAAAAGAAAAGGCCGAGAAGGUUGAGAAGGCUGAGAAGGCUGAGAAGGCACCAAAGGAGAAGGCCGAGAAAGCGCCAAAGGAGAAGGCCGAGAAGGCACCAAAGGAGAAGACCGAGAAGGCGCCAAAGGAGAAGGUGGAGAAGGCUGAGAAGACCCCCAAGGAGAAGAAGGAGAAGGCGCCCAAGGCUGCCGCCGUUGCCUCCACAUCAACAGCCGAGGCCAAGAAGGAGCCCAAGGAGAAGAAGACCAAGGCCGCGAAGGAGGAGAAGGAGAACAAGGAGGCGGCCAAGCCCAAGAAGGCUGCCGCUGCCAAGGCCAAGGACGAGAGCCCAGAAGCCAAGCCCAAGGCCACUAAGAAGACAGCCAAGGCUGAGGCUCCUGCUGUCGCUGCUGAGUCUCCUAAGGCCAAGGCCGCCAAGGUUGAGAAGAAGACUGAGGCUGUCGCCGGCAAGAAGAGAAAGGCCGAUACCACAGAUGUCGCUGCUGCCACGACUGCCAAGAAGCCCAAGGCUAAGGCUGCGGCAGAAAAAGCAACCAAGGAGAAGUAAAUGCACCUCUCUUUUAGGGGAGAAGUAGUCAGAGGUCGAGGAGGAGAGGCAUCAGGACGAUAACGCGGAGGCAAGGAGAAGACAUGCAUUUGUACUGGGGCCAAGAAAUGCUCGAUAUUUGUAUUGAUACCAAUUAUCGCAUUCCGAUACCCAGGACAACUCAUCAACACCAGCAUGCAUUCAAACAUACAUUGGUAGCAGGGGGUGACCAUUCGCCCUCCGCGAGAUCUUAGAUGUCGGGGCUUUGCACAUAGUAUUUCUUUUUUUCUUUCUUUCUUCCUUUUCAUCUUGGCGCCAUUUUUUUUCUUUUUUUUCCCUCAUCAGUAAUUGAGUUUUUUAAUACUAUCAAAAAAAUA